AUGACGAAGAAUGUGGCUAAGGAGAUGGCAGAGAAACUCUAUGAAUCAGUGGCAGCGAGUCUUGAAGGGAAAAAGUUGGCUUCGUUUACAAGGAUAUCUUCAACUGUACAGGCAGCAAUGGAAGAAGCUCUUGUUCGAAUUUUAACUCCUAGGUGCUCUAUUGACAUAUUGAGGGAUGUGCAUGCUGCCAGGGAACAAAGGAAGCCUUAUGUUGUUGUUUUUGUCGGUGUUAAUGGAGUUGGGAAAUCUACUAAUCUAGCCAAGGUUGCCUACUGGCUUCUGCAGCACGAGAUGAAUGUCAUGAUAGCUGCUUGUGACACAUUCUGA